GGCGGGACGGGGGCGGAGAAGGGGGCACGGCGGGGAGGGCAGCGAGGCGGCCCGGCGGAGGGUCCGCGGUUUGCCCGCUGCCCGGGAGCGGCAUGGCCAAGAAGCGCAAAGCGUCGCCCCGGCCAGCGGCCGCCAGCAAGAGGCGCACCGGGGGGCUGGGGGCGCCGCGGGACGAGCCGGACGAGAAGGAGGAGGAUGAUUUUGUAAAAAAGAAGCCCAGUAUAAAGAAGAAUGACUCAAAAGCUCUGGCGAGGAAGAAGGAAGAAGUUUGUGAUACUGCAGUUUCCAAGUCAGAAAAUAAGCCUUCAGAACAAGGAGCAAAAUCACUAAUAAAAGAAAACAAGAAAAUUACUAGAAAUAAAAAGAAUGACAACAAAGAGGAAACAUGCAGUGACUCACUGAAGCCCCCUCAGAAGGAGAUAAAAUUGAAGAGAGAAUCCCCUGUUAAAAAAGAGAUGGAUGAAGACAAUGCUGGUGAUGAUGAUGAAAGCGAAGAUGAAUGGGAGGAUGUGGAAGAACUCCAGGAACCUGCCACAGAUAAGUUAGAAGAAGCUGCUGUUCUUCCAGCAAUGGCGCUGCCAAGCAAUCCUGUCGAGAUAGAGAUUGAAACCCCAGAGCAGAUGAAGAAAAGACAGAGGAGCGAAAAAAGGAAAGCCGAGUUUGAGACGUAUCUUCGGAGAAUGAUGAAACGUUUCAGCAAGGAGGUUCGUGAGGACACACACAAGGUUCACCUCUUGUGUUUAUUAGCAAAUGGUUUCUAUCGGAACAGGAUCUGCAGCCAGCCAGAUCUUCAUGCCAUCGGUCUGUCCAUCAUCCCCACGCGCUUCACAAAAGUGCCUGCAGACCAAGUGAAUCUUCUCUACCUUUCCAACUUGGUGAAAUGGUUUGUUGGAACCUUCACUGUCAAUGCUGAGCUUUCCAUGGAAAAAGGGGAGUCCCUUCAGUCGACCUUGGAGAAGCGUUUUGCCAUCUAUGCUGCACGAGAUGAGGAAGAGUUGGUUCAUAUAUUUUUAAUUAUUCUGCGAGCAUUACAGCUGCUGUGUCGCCUCGUGUUGUCUUUUCAGCCUAUUCCUCUCAAGGAGACAAGCGCAAAGGGAAAAAGCUCAUCCAACAGACAGUCUCUCAGCAGUACCUAUGAGGGUAAGAAGAGCUCUGCCACAACACCCAAGGCUGUGGCAAAAAAACGCCCCUGCAGAAAAGCCAAGUGGGAGGAAGAAUCCUCAGAGAGUGAAGAAGACAACAAGGAGCCAAAGACACACAAAACUGCUCAGACCAAAAGGACACACAAGGCAAAGCUGACUACAGGCAGCCAGAAGCAGAAGGAAUCUAGUAACAGGGAGAGCAGUUUAGCAGAAAAAGAUGUGCCGGUCCGGCCCAAGAACGAUCGCCGGAGACGAGUGGCCUCCAAAGUGUGUUACAAAGAAGAGAGUGGAAGUGAUGAGGGCAGCGGUUCGGACUUUGAGGUUUCAGAGGAGGAGAGUGAUGUCUCUGAUGAGGAUUUUGAAACUGUCUCUAAAAGACCGAGGAGCUCACUGAGCUCCCAGAAGUCAAAGGUAAUGGCUAUAAAAAGCCCGAAAACUGAGACUUCAGAAUCAAGGCUAUCCAGAAAUUCACAGGAAGCUGAUCCUAAGCCAGCGGAAAGUACAGCUCCACCGGUGCCUCACGCACAGAAAAAGAGAAACAAAAUAAUUUCUAGUGAUGAGGAUGAUGGGCAGCAGGAGGUAAGGAAGACAGGCACAGAUCAGUGGCUGGAGGUUUUCCUUGAAUGCGAGGACAAGUGGGUGUGUGUAGACUGUGUUCACGGGAACGUUGGGCAGCCCCAGCUGUGCUUCACGUACGCCACAAAGCCGCUUUUCUAUAUCAUGGGCUUCGACAACGAUGGGAGCGUGAGGGAUGUGACGCAAAGAUAUGACCCGGUGUGGAUGACGGCAACGAGGAAGAGUCGUGUGGACCCUGAGUGGUGGGAGGAGACACUGCAGCCCUAUAAAACUCCCUAUGUGGAAAGAGACAAGAAAGAGGAAAACGAGUUUCAAGUUAAGCUUCAAGAUCAGCCUCUACCAACAGCAAUUGGAGAGUACAAAAACCACCCUCUGUACGCGCUGAAGAGGCACCUCCUGAAAUACCAGGCGAUCUAUCCUGAGUCGGCCGCUGUCCUGGGGUACUGCAGGGGGGAGGCCGUCUACUCCAGGGACUGUGUACACACGCUGCACUCCAGGGACACGUGGCUGAAGCAAGCUCGGGUGGUGAGGAUCGGAGAAGCGCCUUACAAAAUGGUGAAAGGGUUUUCCAACCAGGCGAGGAAGGCGCGCCUGGCGGAGCCUGCAAACCGGGACAAAGAGGACCUGGCGCUGUUCGGUCGCUGGCAGACAGAGGAGUAUCAGCCACCUAUAGCAGUGGAUGGAAAGGUUCCUCGGAAUGAAUACGGGAACGUCUAUCUCUUCCUGCCAUCCAUGUUACCCGUUGGCUGUGUGCAGCUGAGACUCCCAAACCUGAACAGAUUGGCGCGGAAGCUGGACAUCGACUGCGCUCAGGCCAUCACGGGGUUUGAUUUCCACGGCGGCUACUCGCACCCAGUCACCGAUGGCUACGUUGUCUGUGAGGAGUAUAAGGACAUCCUCCUCGCUGCCUGGGAGAACGAACAAGCAGAAAUGGAAAAGAAAGAGAAGGAGAAACGUGAAAAAAGGGCUCUGGGGAACUGGAAGCUGCUGACAAAAGGACUUCUCAUCAGAGAGCGACUGAAGCAGCGCUACUCCUUCAAGACGGAGCCACCAGCACCUGAGGCACAGAAAGGAGACGGAUUCUCUUCUGAUGAAGAGGAAGGUCCAAGUUCAGAGACUGCAGUAGGGAACACGGCCAUUUAUUGGCCCCAAAAUCGCCAGUUAGAGAAAACGAAAGAAAGCAACACAACCAGAAAAAGCAAGCGGGAAAAGAAAGGAGAAGCAGCACAGUUGUUCCCUUUCGAGAAACUGUGAUCAGAAGACGUAUUUCUUUGCCAUUUCCAGAUGCAAGAACAAUAGUCACAGCGAAGUAUCCUUUGCUAGUUAAGGACUUAAUCUUGCACUGCGCUUGUGUUUCUGAGCUGUCGGGGAUCGACCUAAUUCAGUAUCAAGAGUUUCUUUUGGUAUCACGGUUCACCCCUUUCCCCUUGGGCUUGGAAGCAGAUGUGCAGUUGGACCUUCUCAGAACAUCACUUGGUGUUGCUGGGGUUUUUUGCUCUUCUGUGUCGCUCAGCACUAAUAAUUCUGGCGUUUGAGCCAUUCCUUUCACUGGCACCGUCCUUGCCCAGUUUUCUCCUUUCCAUGUUUUCCUGCUUGCCCAGAACUAGGGAAUGGAGCUGCUGUUGAACAGCCUGUGGUGAACUGGCCAAAGGACGACUGGCACGCUCUUUAUUCGGAUCUUUUCCAAAUUGGUGAAGCCGAGUUCUGCUUUUACUGUCUCACCAUCCCAGUGAGACAAAACACUUCCCUUCAGGUGUAAAAAAGGAUACAACCAAGAUUUGGGGGAAUCUGAACAUUUACUUUCUGAAUCCCUGCCUUUUGUGACAACUCUGGUUGGGGUUUUCAGCCUUUUCUCCCUUUACUUCCAGAAAUCUUGUGUAUUAGAAGAGAGAAGCCCCGUCCCCUUUUCAAACUUAAGGUGAAAUAUGUCUUAAGUAAUUUGAAUAUAUGUAUAUUUGUUUCAGUUUUGUUUCAUCAAGACUAUGUGGAUAUGUUGGGGGCAAAAACCACCUGAAACUGGCUGAGCGUUGUUGGCUGAAACAAAAUGACUGAAACCAGAGAGCUCUUGGGAAUGUUAUUCAGUAGUUAAACAUUUAAAAACCAUUAAGGAAUGUUACAUCCACACAAGCUUUUCCUGCAGUUUUUUUAAUAGAAAUGCUGCUCUUUCUUUUGUAGUAUUUUUAUAAUUACAUAAUUUUAUAAUAUAAUAAAGUUACACUGACACUGUCUCUUUAAAAAUAGGGGGGGAUACAGUCCAGUCAUUGCUGGACACUGUCCCAGAGAAAGAUGGAAAUGCAAGAAAAUGGAUUAAAUUUAAUUUUGUGCAGAAAAAAGUCUAUUUUUAUACUGUAUUUGUUGAACAAAAUAAAGUAUGGAAGAAAGAGAA